GCCUGGGAUCAGUGGAAGAUGGCCCAAGUGCUUGGGUCCUACACCCAUGUGGGAGUCUUGGAAGAAGCUCCUGGCUCCUGACUUCUCAUUGGCCCAGCUCCGGCUGUUGCAGCCAUUUGGGGAGUGAACGAGUGGUUGGGAGAGAUCUAUCUGAGUUCUCCCCCCCACACCAUGUAAUUUUUCCUUUGGAAUGAAAUAAAUCUUUAAAAAGAUAUUUAAGCAAAAUCCCAGGAAAAGAAAACAUAAUUACAUUUAAUACACCCUAUUCUGAACUCUAACCAUGCAUUUUAAGCUCAUUUCUGCAGGGCUCAUCUCCUACUUCUUUUUGUGUUCCUGUUGUUGAUUCUUUGCUACCCUCACAGCAUAUACAUAUGGGAAGGCCCCUUUAGAGAAUCUGUGAGUCAGUGGGGAAUGUCACAGUGGGUCUCCUAUGACAUCACCAGGACUGGGAGGUGAUGGUUAACAAUCAGUUCCUAGAACGGUUAGCCACUGCCUGUGGGAGCAGGAAACCCAUUUUCUUAGCUUCCUAGUGGAUACCAUUGAUAGUACUUGCCUAGAUUCUGUGAAAAAGAAUAAAAUCACUGAAUUUCUCCACAUUUUUAUCAAAAUGUCAAGUGAGAAAGAUGGUGAAUCUGAAUUAGAAAAAAAUGCCAAGCAAUCCCCCACCACGAGAAGAAACCCCAGGAACGCUGAGGAUGUUCCAGCGGUCUCAACACUUGAAAUCCCAGCCUCCGUACAGGACAUCCUCUCUCGGAUUGAGCAAGCACAGGCUGUUCGAGCCAGAGAGAACAUUAAAACACAGAUGACUGAAAUAAUGAGCAACGUGCACCGAAUAAUGGCUCGCUACAGUCUUGACUUUGACUUGUCCUCUGGACACCGCAUCUCUCUUACAGAACACAUGAGGAAACAGAGAUCCCUGUUUCUGGAGAGAAUGGGUACUUACUCUAAGAACGCUGAAAACAGAGAGAAGAUACUUGCCUACAUUCUGGCCUGGUUAGAGGAAUGGAAUGUUAUUUUGUCUGAAAUAACUGCAUUUGAUGUUGAGGAACACUACCAUUGGAUAGUACAAAUGGAGAUGUUUCCAGAAACACUGAGAGCCAUUGAGAACAAUGUCAAUAUACUAUGUAGCAUCAGCACCACUUUCCUUAACGAUAAGAAGACACAGAAGAAAAAAACAGUAUCUAGAGGUGCUCUAUGGAAAACAUGGAAAGACAGAUUUAUAAAGCGACCUGCAACAGCCCUUGCACUAAGACCAGAUCAAAUGAUCUCUGAUCAAUUUACAACCAACACCAAGGUUUUGGAAAUUCAACGUAUGUUACAAGAACUCAUAGGUUCUUCAAUGUUUAACAAAAUGGAAAACACUGCAAUCAAAUAUAUCUCAGCAACUAUAUUAAAUCUUUACAAAGCUUUGAGUGCCGUGUGUGAUCAAGUCAAUGUUUCUAACAUCGUAAGUGACAGCAUGUUUUUCGAAAAGUACGAAACAGAAAAAGAACUCUCCAGAAGGAUGAUCUGUGACCUUAGCGAGCAAAACGAGCUGCUGCAAUGAAAACUGCAAGAGAGAGAAGAAACCUAUGAACAGCUAAUUCAAUCCACAGUUCGUGCAGGCCAGCAAGAAUAUACAUCAGUGCCCACAUCCAGGACCCAUAUCAAGGCUGGGGACAUAGCAGACAGUAUGGACAAUAUUUUAGCCAAGGAACUGGAAAAUACGUUAUAUAAAUCUCCAACAAAAAAUAUCAAAUCCUCCGAGAUAAAGUGGGGCUCUUCACUUAAAGCCCCAGCUGUACUGACCCCAGACUUGCCGGGACAACAAUACCAUCCACCUGAAGACCAUCAGCAAAUGGGUCCUGGGCCUUUGAAGGGUACUGCUGACUUGAAAACACUGGAGCCAACGAAACAGCAAAAGGUGGUCUCAGAGGAAAAUGAGGCGAAGCUGAGCCAGGGCCUGAAGAGAGAGAGACAGCUGGAGCUGAACACAAACGCCGCUCCCCCCUUCACCGAGUCCUCACAACCUGGAGCCCCUCCUGUUUACCCACAGCCCCACCCAAAAUACAAACCCCUCACUCCUCUGAAAACCCAGGCCCUGAUGACCACUCUGACACCCCAGCAGGCAGAGGCCCUGGGGACCACUCUGACAUCCCAGCAGGCCCAGGCCCUAAUGACCACUCUGACCACCCAGCAGGCCCAGGCCCUGGGUACCACUCUGACCACCCAGCAGGCAGAGGCCCUGAGGACCACUCUUACCCCUCAGCAGGCCCAGACUCUGGGGACCACUCUGAUCCCCCCAAAAGCCAAGGCUAUCAGGCCUCUAACCCCUCAGUUGGCCCAAGAUGUGGAGACUAUGACUCCUCAGCUGGCCCAGGCCCUGGGGAAAACACUAAUCCCUCAGCAGGCCCAGGCCCUGGGGACCACUGUUACCCAUCAGAAAGCCCAGGCCCUGGGGACCUCUCUUACUAAUCAGCAGGGCAUGGGCAUGGGGACCACUCUUACCCAUCAGCAGGCCCAGGCCGUGGGGACCACUCUGACCCUGCAGCAGGAUGAGGGCAUGGGGACCACUCUCACCCCCCAGCAGGCACAGGCGGUGGGGACCACUCUCACCCCCCAGCAGGCACAGGUGGUGGGGACCACUCUUACUAAUCAGCAGGCCCAGGCUGUGGGGACCACUCUAACCCAUCAGCAGGACCAGGGCAUGGGGACCACUCUCACCACCCAGCAGGCACAAGCAGGGGGGACCACUCUUACCCAUCAGCAGGCCCAGGCUGUGGGGACCACUCUUACUAAUCAGCAGGCCCAGGCCCUGGGGACCACUCUGACCCUACAGCAGGCCCAGGCCCGGGGGACCACUCUAACCAAUCAGCAGGCCCAGGCCCUGGGGACCUCUCCUACUAAUCAGCAGGGCCAGGGCAUGGGGACCACUCUCACCCAUCUGCAGGCCCAGGCUGUGGGGACCACUCUUACUAAUCAGCAGGCCCAGGCCGUGGGGACCACUCUGACCCUGCAGCAGGCCCAGGCCCGGGGGACCACUCUUACUAAUCAGCAGGGCAUGGGCAUGGGGACCACUCUUACCCAUCUGCAGGCCCAGGCUGUGGGGACCACUCUGACCCUGCAGCAGGCCCAGGUGCGGGGGACCACUCUGACCCUACAGCAGGCCCAGGUCCUGGGGACCUCUCUUACUAAUCAGCAGGGCCAGGGCAUGGGGACCACUCUUACUAAUCAGCAGAGCCAGGGCAUGGGGACUACUCUUACCCAUCAGCAGGCCCAGGCCUUGGGGACCACUCUGAGCCCCCAGCAGGCCCACGCCCUGGGGACCACUCUCACCCCACAGCAGGCACAGGCAGUGGGGACCUCUCUGACCCUGCAGCAGGCCCAGGCCAUGGGAACCACUCUUACCGAUCAGCAGGCCCAGGCCCUGGGGACCUCUCUGACCACCCUGCAAGCCCAGGACCUAGGGAUCACUCAGGCCCUGGCCCUGAGGACCACUCUGGCCCCUCACCACACUCAGACUCAGGGGGCCCACCUUACCCCUGACACGGCCCCUCCUACUCCAGGGCAGCCCCUUGAGCUGGAGGCAGUGAGGCCAAAGCAGGACUUUCCUCAAACUGCCUGGCCACCUCCAGCAAUGAAGGCCCCACUCACUCCCAGGUGGCCUAUUAGAUCUGGAACAACAUCCACCUCUACAAAGAGCCCAGUUCUCCAUGGUCCUCUCUCUCCUGGCCAGUCCUUGGCUCCUGGGCCGCCUUCCUUCCCUGGAGCGCUCUUGGAGUCUGGACCCUCCUCUGCACAGCCUCCGGCACACCAGCCUCCUGUCUCCACUGGGCAGCCCCCCUCUCUCCAGGCCCCUUCUGCCCUUGCACAACAUGUGGCACCAUCAACCCUUCCUGGAGAAACUUUACCAUGGAUCGCUCCCGGCUCUGCGCAUCCCUCCACAUCAUGGACCCCCUCAGCUGCUGGAAUGCCCCAGAAAGGUGUGGCCUCUUCUGGGAGGAAGAAAGGACUGGUAAGGAUUGCUUCACCCAUGGAGCCUCAGUCCCAUCUCUCCAGCGACAGCACACCAACAUCAUGCAUCACUUACACCGGUGAGGGGACCCUGCACUCUCUGCAGAAGCCUAAAACAUCACUGCCUUCUCUCGCUCCUCAACUAACACCAGCAUCACAGGUCCCUUUCACUAAUGAGGAAAUCCUGCACACUCGACAGAGGUCGAGAAUGGCCCUGCCUUCUGCCACUCCUCAGAUAUCCAGGACAUCACAGAAACCUCUUUCUCAGUGGGCCUCGAAAUCCCAACACCCCUCUCUAGAUACACCACGGUUCAUGAAGCCAGCUUCAGACAUCAACAAAGACAAAAUGAUGGUGCCCCCUUCCUCUCCCAAAGAGCUUGAAGGGAGGAUGUAUUUUGUUGACGUGAAGGCUCAGAGGAAGAACCUGAUGCUAUUGAAUCAGGCCUUAACAACUAAUGGACUCCCUUCCCCGCUCCACACAACAGCUAGGAAUCUCAUCAUCGAGACCCUUCACACAGACCAGGUUCGGCUAGGAUACCUGUUCCACAAGUACACUGCCCACAGGCUGAUCCAGCGCUUCAGAAACUACAUAAUCUGUCGAGUGAAAGCCACCCGAAACACUGGGAAAGGUUAUGAGAUGCAGAAACUCUAUGUCAUGCUGAGCAAAAUUGAUGGCUAUCAGAAAAGAGUGAUGCAUGUCUGGACUGAGAAGCAGAAGCUUCUGGAAGAGAAACGGAAUCAAUGCCUGAGGAAAAUGAUACCUUUAUUUGGCCAGCUCCAAGAGACAUACAAAUUGAAUCUUAGUCGACCAAUUCCUUUGCGCAUCCAUAAAAAGGAGAUACCUUCCUCUAGAGAAUUUGUUCAACAGACAUUCCAACAACAGACAUUCCAACAGCAGACAUUCCAACAGCCACCAGCAGAAGAGGAUAUGCAACCUGUCAAGAAUAUUAGACACCAAGAUGACCAGAUGGAUGCCAUCUGGAAAACUGAUAUAUGCGAUUCAAGCUACCCAAUAACAGAGAAGACACCAACAAAUGUACCCUGGGACCAGCUGGGUGGAUAUCCAGACAUUCCGAGGCUGCUCGAGUUAGACAUCCAGUCUACCUUCAGGAAAUCUCUCACGUCCAUUAAAACACGGUAAGGACUGGGAGCACCCUGGAAAGUAGGUUUUUCAUCAUCUGGCUUUUGUUUCCCUAACCUUUCUCCUGUGGCACCAGGCAGUUGCCAAAAGUAAGAGUUUGGUGUGUCACAGACAUGAGGAUUUCAUUUCUGAAAAAUAUAAAACCAACGAACCAACCAGGCAUCUCAAGAGUCAGCUUAACCCACCGUACUGCAAUGCCAACUCCCAGGGUCAGGCAUUUUAGAUGCAGAAGUUAAGGGGAAGCAGAAUUUCAGAUAUGUUCCUGUGCCACAUCACAGACACAUGAAACAGACUGUCAACUGCAGAGUUUCCAUGCUGAAUCAAAUCAGGAAAAUCUUACCAAAUAGGGUGAGAUCAGGGCUCUGAGAAUGACUGUCUGCCAUUUCUCUUUUCACUCAGCCUGUGUCUCUGUGACUCUUUGGCUCUUGGAAUUUUAUCAUUAAAUCUUUGUUGAAAACUCACAGCUGGCACAUAGUAUGCUACAUCAAAAUCCUUUGCUUCCCUGUAUAGGUCUUAGCUAGGGCUUUGCAUUAUUGAAACUAAGUAUAUGAUAAUCUUAAUUUUCAGAUGUUUGCAUUGACUUGUUAGAACAUUUGCCUUCUACUUUAAAAAGCUACUUCAGAUACAAAUUAUAAACUAGAAAGUUGGUUGGUGAGUACAGAAUCAGGGCAGAUACUAAUCAUGGGACAUCAAUAUGACUGGGACUUAAGAUCACGAUUUCGAUUUGUCUCUGCUGCAAGGAUGUACCUGACAUGCACCCUGGCCGUACAUGCUGGUUGUGGACAACCCGAGACAACUCCCUGACCCUGUCAUGUUCUCCUGCUGACCCGUCUGCCACUCCAUGUCCUUUUUUUCUUUCCUUAAAUAACUGAAAUUAUUUUGUUUUGCUAAAAUGAAAUUUCUUUUUUCAGAAUAUACACUAGGUAUAUUUUAACAAACAACUUUCAGGAAAAUAAAUAAAAUAUAAGCACGGAAAAAGAAGAAAAACUACAGGCCUUUGGCACAGUAAUUAAGAAGCUGCUGGGACUCCCCCAUCCCAAAUGGUGGUCACUGGGUUUGAGCUGCAUCUGGAGUUCCAAUUCAGACUCCUGCUAAUGCACAUCCUGGGAGGCAGCAGGUGCUGAUGGCUCAAGUAUCUGGGUCCUUGCCACCCAUGUGGGAGAACAACAUUGAGUUCCCAGCUCCUGAUUUAAGCCUGACCCAGCCUUAGGUUGUUGUGGGCACUGGAGUACUAAAUCUGUCUGUCUGUCUGUCUGUCUCUCUCUCUCUCUCUCUCUCUCUACCUUUCAAACAGAUGAAAGUAAAUGUUAAAAGCAAAUUUGUCAGGGCCGGUGCCGCGGCUCAAUAGGCUAAUCCUCCGCCUUGCGGCGCCGGCACACCGGGUUCUAGUCCCGCUCGGGGUGCCGGAUUCUGUCCCGGUUGCCCCUCUUCCAGGUCAGCUCUCUGCUGUGGCCAGGGAGUGCAGUGGAGGAUGGCCCAAGUGCUUGGGCCCUGCACCCCAUGGGAGACCAGGGUAAGUACCUGGCUCCUGCCAUCGGAUCAGCGCGGUGCGCUGGCAAAAGGAAGACCUUUCUCUCUGUCUCUCUCUCUCACCGUCCACUCUGCCUGUCAAAAAAUUAAGAAAAAAAAAAGCAAAUUUGUCGGGGCCAGCGCUGUGGCUCACUUGGUUAAUCCUCUGCCUGCAGUGCUGGCAUUCCAUAUGGAUGCUGGGUUCUAGUCCCGGUUGCUCCUCUUCCAGUCCAGCUCUCAGCUGUGGCCCGGGAGGGCAGUGGAGGAUGGCCCAAGUCCUUGGGCCCUGCACCCGCAUGGGAGACCAGAAAGAAGCACCUGGCUCCUGGCUUCAGAUCGGUGGAGCACCGGCUGUAGCGGUCAUUUGGGGGAUGAACCAACAGAAGGAAGACCUUUCUCUCUGUCUCUCUCUCUCUCUGUCUAUAACUCUACCUUUCAAAAAAAAGAAAAAGUAAAUUUGUCACUAAAACAUCACUGUAUAGUGAUAUUGUUGUUUUCUCUCCUUCUCAAGCUUUAUUUUUAGCCAGCACUAUGUCUACCAUGUAGUUGACAGUAUCUAGCUGACAGUGCAAAACAUUAAUAAUACAUUUAAGUAUUUCGCAUUUCUCUUGAAAAUAGUAGCUGUAUAUACUUACGCAGUACAAUAUGAUUGUUCAAUAUAUGCAUAUAUUGGAGAAUGAUCAAAUCAGGCUUAGUAUCACAUGUAUCCACAGACACAUCAUUUCUUUGUGGUAUAGAAACUUAAAAUCUACUCUUUCAUGGUAGGCAGUGUGGCACAGCACCUUAAGCUUGGGAUUGCCCACAUCCUAUCAAAAGGUGGGUUUGUGUCCUGGCUAUACCAUGUCAGAUCCAAUUUCCCAUUGAUGUGCCAGGGAAGGUAGUGCAUGAUGGACCACGUGCAUGAGUCCCAGCUGACACCCUUCAGAGGCCCAGAUGGAGUUCUGGGCUUCUGGCUUUGUCCUGGCCAAUCUUCAGCUAUUGCAAGCAUUUGGGAAGUGAAUCACUGGGUAGAAGAUGCUCAAUCUCUCCUGAUCACUCUACCUUUCAAAUGAAUGAAUAAAUAUUUGACAAAAAUCACAGGCAAUUUUGUGACAUAUGCUACAGAAACUCUGACAAUUAUGUUGUGUAAGAGAAUCCUAGGAAUUACUCCUCCUGUCUAAAGAAAACUUUGCAUCCUUUGACAAACAUGUCCCUUCUUCCUGAGAACUCCCUUGCUUCAGUCUCUGGUAAUCAUCAAUCUGCUCUACUGUUAUGAAUUCAACUCUCUGGGUUCCAUGUAUAAGUGAGAUCAUGUACUAUCUGUCUCUAUGUUCUUGACUUGUUUUACUUGGCAGAGUGUCUUCUAGAUACAUUCAUGUUGUUGCAAAUGACAGAACUUCUUUAUUUUUAAAAGCUAAAUAGUAUGCCAUUAUGCAUGUAUUCCACCUAUUCUUUACCUGUUCAUCUGCUGCUGGACAUUAAGUUGUUUUCAGAUCUUGAGUACUGUGACAAUGUUGCUUGGAAGUACAAACAUCUCUCCAAUGCACUGAUUUCAGUUCGGUUGAUAUGUACCCAGAAGUGGGAUUGCUCAAUCCUAGGGUAAUUCUACUUUUCAUUUUUUGAGGAACCACCAUACUAGAUUUCAAAAUGACUAGACUAACUUAUUCCUGCCAACAGUGUGCAAGGGUUUCCUUUUGUCCAAACCAUAACUGGUGCUUGUUAUCAUCUUCUUCAUAAGAGCUAUUCUAACAGGUGAGAGGUAAUAAUCUCAUUAUGGUUUCAAUUUGCAUUCCCUGAUUAAAACUGUUGAGUUUUUUAUUUCAUGUAUCUGUUGGCCAUUUGCAUGUCUUCUCUUGACAAAAAUGUCAAGUUGGGUACUUUUGUCUAUUUGGAUUAUUUAUUUUCUUGUUAUUGAGUAGUUUAAGUUUCUUACAUACUUUGGGUUGUAGUCCCUUCUUUGAUGUAUGAUUUGAAAAAUUUUUUUAGACUCUUUGGGUAAUUUCCUCACCUUGGCAUACAGAAACUUGAGAUUUUUAUUUAUUUGAAAUGCACAGUCAGAGAAAGAGAGAGAAGGUGUGAAGGAGGGAGGGGUGAAGGAGGAAGAGAGAGAGAGAGAGAGAAAGAGAAUAUGAAUCUUCCAUCUGCUGGUUCACUCCCAAAAUGGCCACACUGACCCAGCUUGGCCAAGCUGAAGCCAGGACUUAAGAGCUUCUUCAGGUCUUCUGUGUUGGUGCAUAGGUCCAAAGACUUAUGUCAUUUUCCACUGCUUUCCCAGGCACACUAGUGGGGAGCUGUAUCAGAAGUGCAGCAGCCAGGAUUGGAACUGGCACCCAUUUGGCUUGCAGGUGCUGCAGGCCAUGGCUCUAACCCAUUGUACCACAGUGCUGGCCCCGGCAUGCUGAAACAUUUUAAUUUGAUGUAAACCCAUUUACAUAUUUUUACUUUCAAUGACCAGACUUGUGGAGUCAUAUCUCAGAGAUCACCACCUCAUCUAAUGCCAUGGAAGUUUCUGUGUUCUUGUAGUGGUAUCACUAUUUCAGGUCUUAUAAAUCUUUCAUCCAUUUUUAGUGAAUUCUUGGAUAAGAGAGAGAUAAAGUCCCACAUGGAUCCAAUUUCAUUCUUCUGCUUACUGAUAGCAGCUUUCUCAGCAAAAUUUGUUGAAUGGACUGUCUUUUCCCAAUCAUGUAUUUUCUUAAAAAUUGUUAAAAUUUUUAUUUUUAAUUAAGUUUUUAACAGAUUCAAUGUGAUAUGUAGACGCAAUUCUAAGAACACAAUAAUAUUCCCUUCCUCCCUAUCCCCACUCCUUCCUCUUCCCUUGUUUUUGAGAUAACAUUUUAAAUUUGCAUUACAGUAAAAGGGCUUAAUACUACACCAAAUAAGAAGUUGAGCAAGUAGAAAAGCAAAGAGACCCAAUGUUGAGGUUGAUUUGCUCUGAGAAGAGGAGCGUGGUGGGGGCAAGAGGCAUGGAGUCACCACACAGACCCUGGGAGUCGGGUGAAAGUGGGCCAGAGGCGAGCAGCCCACAGACUCAUUUAUUUCAGUUGGUACCACAGCUUAUAUAGCCAAGGCAGCCAAUCCGGUCAAGGGGCGGUUUAUGCCCUAACCAAUCACAGCCUGUUGCCAGGCAGUAUCCGAAGCCAUCCAAUCACAGCCUGUUGCCAGGCAGGCUCCGUUGGCCAUGUGGUUUCCAAAGCCAUCCAAUCACAGCCUGUUGCCAGGCAGACUCCAUUGCCAGGUGGGUUUCAAAGCCAUUCCUGAGUAACUGACGCUUGCUUACCAGUGGCCAUCCUGGCAUGGCCUUCUCAUUCCACCACCAUUCCCCCUUUUCAUUUAUUUUUGAGCAACGGGAGGCAUGAUUCUUGACCAUACCAUUGUUGACCCCGUUUCCAUGUGGUCUCCGUACGCGGCUGUGCCUGUCUUAGGUUGUCCCCCAGGGGAUCUUACCCGUCAUUGACUAACCAGCGCUCAAAACAAGAGACCACAGGAGUUCUUGCUCAGAUAGGGGUAGGAAUGAGGAACAAUGGUAAUCCGGAAUGGCAUGACCGCACACAGGCUGUGGGCCAUUUGAGUGGCUGACCAGAGCUAGUGGGGUAUAAAACAGUAUCGGACUGUGGCUAUGGGCAGUUUCUCAAGGUAGGAUGUUAGGGCAGGUGCGUCUGCUAACAAGGCAGGCUCUCAGUCUUGUUCAGCUGGUUCUGGUUGGCUGUCAGUCACAGGCUUGAUAUUUCUGGCUGGUACCCAAAUGGGCUGACCUGCAUUCUCUGGAAAGACACAAGCAUAUCCUCAGCCCUUGGUUAGCAGAAGCCUUUUUACAGGUGUUGGAAUCCAGGGCCUGAAUUUUGUGUUCACUUCUAUAUUAAUGGCAAACAUGCAGGUGGGAUGAGGUCUAGCGGCUGUCCUGAGAGCCUGGGGUACCUGAGUACUGCCACAAAUGUGGGGAUCCUCACUGGGUGCGGAUGGGAUGACCUCCCAUCAGUUAUUGUCUCAAGGUCCUCUAAGUUCAUCCCACGGGUAUGUGGGGGGUGGGUGACUAGGCAUUGCCACAUUGUUUGCUACCUUGUUUGCUACCUUGUCAUUUUCACUGUUGGAGCUCUCCUAAGUCAUCAACUGUUGUCUGUGAGGUAGACGCCUGGAGUGACAGGCUCUGAUCACUCACAACCCUACUUUAGUGGAAAUACAAACAACUGCUACAAGCAAAAAUUGAAUGGGAAAAAUGACCACUUCACCCAUAUACAGUCAUCAUGUAUCUUGAUUAAAACCAAUUGACCAUAGAUUGGUGUCUUCUUGGCUUUUUCUCCUACUCCAUUGAUCAAGUGGAAUCUUUUGGGAUUUAUACACCUUAGUGCUCUCUGAGCGUCAUGGAUAUGGUUUGGUUCCUGAUGUCAAGAUGGAAAAAUUCUCAGUCAUUAAUGCUUCAAAGUUUCUCUGUUAGUUUUUCUUUCUUCUUCUGGAAUUUCCAUGACUCAUAUGUGAUACCUUUUGUGACUUUCCAACAGUUCUUGUAUAUUCUGUUUUUCAGCCUUUUCCAACUUUGCUUUCUGGUUUGGGAAGAUUCUAUCACCACAUUCUCAAGUUCAGGAUGUCUUUCCUUAGUUGUGUACAAUUUAUGAAUGAGCCUAUCAAAGUCAUUCUUCAUUUCUGUUAGCGUUUCUGAUCUUCAACUUUUUUUUUUUCAAUUUUUCUUAGAAUUUCCAUUUCUCUGCUUACAUUUUCUACCUGUUUUGGUAUUUAAUUACUUUUUACAUUUGGCGCUCCAUGGCACACUUCUCAUGAUUCCUUUAAAUACUGGUCUGAAAAUUCCAACAUUCCUAUCACACCUGGCUCGCAUUCUGAGGCUUGCUCUGUCUCUUAAGCAGUGCUCUGUUUUAUUUUUUGCUUGUUAGUAUACCUUGCAUUUUUCUCCAAAUAUAGACAUAAUGUACCAAGUGAAAAUGAGCUCACAUUGUGUAUGUUUUUAAACUUGCUUUUGUUUCACUUAACAGCAUAUGUUUGAAGUUUUCCUAUAUUAAUGUAGACCUACAUUGUCAUUCUUUUGAUUACAUGAUAGUCAAUCAUACAAAUGCAUGAUAACUUAUAGUACUGUUCUGCUCUUUCUGAUAGAAAUUAGGACAACUGUCAACAUUAUAAGAAUAUUGCUCCAUUUUUCCUUGCAGUGAUUGCCAUACUGAUACAAUUAUUACCCUAUGAAAAUGCCAUUAAAUAUUUUAAUUACAAAAGCAAUGCAUCCUUGCUGUAGAACAUUGGAAAUGAAUUCUACCCCCAGAAAUAACAACCAUUGUUAAUUCUGAAGCCAUGUUUUAACUUUAGAGAUAAGAAUAUUGUGGAAUGGGUCGAGCAUGAACAGCGAUUAAGAUGCCACUUGAGACACUCACAUCUCAUAUUAAAGUGUCUGAGUUUGAGUUCCACCUACAGUUCCGAUCCAGCUUCCUGCUAAUAAACACCUUAGGAGAUAGCAACGGAUGGCUCAAGUAUUUGAAUCCUUGUCACUCAGCUGGAUGAGUGACAUAAUCCCAGAUAUUGCUGGCAUUUGGGGAGUGAACAAGCAGAUGGAAGAUCUCUCUUCCUCUCACACUCUCGCUCUCUCACUCUCUUCCUCUCUCUCUCUUGCUCUCGCUCUCUCACUCUCCCCCCCCCAACCUCCCUCUACUCUUUCAAAUGAAUUUUAAAAAAUACUACCUGGUAAGCAAUUAGCUUUUGUCACACAGUGCUCUUUUUUUUUUUUGUCCUGGAAGACAUUCUGUCCUUUAAUAUGACUUUCAUGAAUAUGGAUUACAAACUGACUUUACUAAGCUUGCCUUGUGAGUUCUGAAGGCUCUCUUAGGUUCCUAUGAUUUACCUAUAUCCCACAAAUGUGUUUCUGAGCAAUUUGUAAUAAUAUUUUCUUGUUUCACUCCCAGGAUUAAGAAGACACCUAAGUGACUAUAAAAAUUCAAUACAAGCAUGUUCAAAACAAAUUUCACUGUUUCAAUAAAAUGCCCAGUUUGUUUUUCAUGCAUGGCUUGAUCUGUCUUUUGCAUUUAUGUCCUGCUACAUUUUCUUAGAAUGAACAUUUUAAUUUCCAGACAACUACUAUGAUUACUUAAAGAGAAUAUCUUCUGCUCUAGUUCACUGGAAGCAAAGUUUAAGCAAACCCUGGUGAGGGCUGAGUCAGAAAAGGGAUAUAUCAGGGGCCAGUGCUGUGGCGUAGUGGGUAAAUCCAUUGCCUGCAGUACCGGCAAUCCAUAUGGGCGUGGGUGCGGGUCUUGGCUGCUCUACUUCCAGUCCUGCUCUCUGCUAUGGCCUGGGAAAGCAGUAGAAGGUGGCCCAAGUCCUUGGGCCCCUCUACCCAUGUGGGAGACUGGGAAGAAGUGCCUGGCUCGUGGCCUCGGAUCAGCCCAACUCAGGCCAUUACAGCCAACUGGGGAGCAAACUAGCAGAUGGAAGACUCUCUCUCUCCCUCUCCCUCUCUCCCUCCUUCCCUCUCUCCCUCUCCUUCUCUCUGUGUGUAACGUAGAGACUUUCAAAGGAAUGAAUAAAUCUUAAAAAAAGGGGGUGGGACAUGUCAGAGCCCCUGAAAUGAAAGCAAAGUGGCACAGUCUUACUUCCAAAAAUCCAAACCCAAAGAUGCAACAGAAGUGAUGAAUGGAUGUAAGAAGGAAAACAAGGGGCCCUUGAUGUGAUAUAGUCAGUAAAGUGCCACCGCCAAUGCUAGCAUCCCAAAUGGGUGCCAAUUCUAGUCCCAGGUGCUCCACUUCAGAUCCUGGACCCUGCUAAUGUACCUGCGAAAGCAGCAGAGGAUGGCCCAAAUCCUUAGGCUCCUGCACCCACAUGGGAGAUCAAGAAGAAGCUCCUGGCUCCUGACUUCAGACUUGCCCAGCUCCGGCCAUCUGAGCCAUCUGGGGAGUGAAGCAGCAGAUGAAGAGUGCUCUCGCUUUCUGUCUCUUCCUCUGACUCUCUCUCUCUCUCUAACUCUGCUUUCAAACAAGUAAAGAAAUCUUUAGACAAAUAGCAGAAGAAACCCCUAGAGAAUCAGAAAGUGGUUAUGACUUGGUAGAGAAGGGAGAAAAGAUUUUAUAUAUAAAAUAACUAGACAACCACAAAGGGAAUAAAUUAAGAUAUCUUCCUAGAUGACAAGACUAGCAAAACUCAAGCCAUAGAAGGAAGUGAUGAAUCAUGUACAAUUGUAAAAAACAAAGUAGUAGGAUUAUUAUGUAUUCAAACCCUACUUAUAAAUUAGAUGAGAUACACAGGAAAAUGGACAUAGACCAGUAUUAGGUCAAGGUACUUUACAAAGGCAUUUAGAAGAAAGAAUAGAUGAAAAAUACAAAAGAAAUACAGGAGACACAGAAAUGACAACCUUCUUAUAAUAGGAAUCCUAACAAGAGAGAAAAAUAGAGGAGGAGCAGCCAUUGUCACAGCCAUUAACUGCUGCUUGGGAUGCCUGCAUCCCACAUCAGAGUGCCUUGUUCAAGUCCCAGCUACUCUUACUCCAAUAGAGCUUCCUGCUAAUGCACACCCUGGGAGGCAGCAGGUAAUGAUUAAAGUACUUGGGAGCUCGCCAUCCAAAGGGAGACCUGGAUUGUGCUACCACUUCCUGGAUUUGACCUGGAAAAUGGGAGAUUGAUUCAUCUACCUUUCUUUUUUCUUUUCUUUUCUUUUCUUUUUCUUCCUUCCCCCAACUCCCUCCUUCCCCUCUUUCUUUCUUUCUCUCUCUCUCUCUCUCUCUCUCUCUCUCUCUCUCUCUCUCUUUCUUUCCCUUGCUCUGUCCCUCCCUUUCAAUUUUUAAAAUUGGAGCCAUGAUUAUGGUGUAGUGGGUUAAACCACUGCUUGUCCCUCUGGCAUCCCAUAUCAGAGCAAUGGUUCAAGUCCUGGUUACUCUACUUUGGAUCUAGCUUCUUGCUAAUGCACCCUGGAAGGCAGGUUAUGGUGGCCCAAAUACUUGGUUCCCUGCCACCCUUUGUAGGAGAUCAGGAUGGAGUUCAUGGCUCCUGGCCUCAGUCUGGCCCAAAACCAGCUUGUGUCCAUUUUGGGAGUGAACCAUUGGGUGGAACAGCUCCUUCUCUCUCUCUCUCUCUCU